UAAUGACGGAAAGGAUCUUUCAUAAUAAACAUCAUCGAUCCUGUCAGCUUUAAAGGUCACCUUGAAAGAGCGCGAAAGCUUAAACGGGGGCAACAAAUCACAUGAACAUCAUAAAAUAAUUUGGGUGCAUGCUUGUCCGCACGUUCCACCGGUCACGCUUAUAGUAUAAAAGUAAAUAGAGUAGAGUGGAUAAAGAAUUUCAUAUCGUUGCGUGGUACUCGUACGGGAUAAUUCUUUAACGUCACAGUUCACAGUCAUACUUCACACGUGAAACUUACUCCAUCCGUGUGUUACGCGUGUUUUAUUUUAGUCGAUUUAGUUAAUUAUAUUAAGUAAACUAUAGUUUUCAUUACUAAAAUGGAUGUGCCGGCAAAGGGGAAUAUUUUAGGACGAAUGGUACCGGCACGGUACGUCCUAGCGAUCCUCGGUUCUAUCGGCAUGGCAAUAGUCUACGGGCUGAAGGUUAACUUGUCAGUCGCCAUGGUGGGCAUGCUGAAUCACACCGCGAUAGAGGCAUCAGUACACGACGUGCAGGACGAUGAUAACUUUACCGCGCCAGCAGAAGAUAUGCAGUGUGAUACUACGGGUAAUUCGACUAGUGCGAAGGAGGCAGACGGACCUUUUCCGUGGUCAUCUGAAAUCCAGGGUAUCGUUCUCAGCUGCUAUUUCUGGGGAUACUUCGUUUCACAAAUUCCUGGAGGUCGCAUAGCGGAAUUGUUCUCGGCGAAAUGGGUGAUGUUCUUCAGUGUGACCAUUAAUGUUGUGUGCACGCUGCUCACACCUGUCAUGGCCGAAGCGCACUACGUCGCGGUGGUCGUCAUGAGAGUGGGCGAGGGGAUCGGUGGGGGGGUGACAUUCCCCGCGAUGCACGUGCUGCUGUCGAAGUGGGCGCCGCCCGCCGAGCGCAGUGUGUUGGCCGCGUUGGUGUACGCCGGCACCUCGCUCGGCACCGUCAUCUCCAUGCUGAUGGCUGGAGUUCUGACUGCGACACUUGGCUGGGAGAGCGUGUUCUACGUGAUGGGCGGGCUGUCCUGUGCGUGGUGCGUGUUGUGGGUGUGGCUGGUGCAGGACUCGCCGCAGUCGCAGCCGCUCAUCAGUGUGGAGGAGAGGGAGAUGAUCGUCACCUCACUGGGCGGGAAAGCCAAUGAUCAGGAGCAUAAACAGAAGCUGGCCGUGCCGUGGAAGGCAGUGUUCACGUCAGGACCUUUCCUGGCUAUCUUGGUGGCGCACGCUUGUUCGAACUGGGGCUGGUACAUGCUGCUCAUCGAAUUGCCCUUUUACAUGAAGCAAGUACUCAAGUUCAACAUGACUGAGAAUGCGGUAACAACAGCUCUGCCUUUCCUUUCGCUCUGGUUCUUCAGUAUCGGACUAAGUCGAGGUCUGGACUGGCUACGCAGUAGGGAGAUCAUCACUACCAGCACUGCUAGGAAGAUAGGCACAUUGUUCGCGUCGCUGGUGCCGGCGGCGUGCCUGCUGGGCCUGAGCUUCGUGCGCUGCGACCGCGCGGCGGCCGUGUCGCUGACGGCGCUCGGCGUCACGGCCAUCGGCGGCAUGUUCUGCGGGUUCCUCUCCAACCACAUCGACAUCGCGCCGAACUUCGCCGGCACACUAAUGGCUAUAACCAACACUGUUGCAACGAUCCCUGGAAUCGUCGUACCCAUCUUCGUGGGAAUCUUAACUCAUGGCAAUCAAACCAUUUCGGCUUGGCGUAUCAUCUUCUUCGUUACGAUAGCUUUGUACGUAGUGGAAAUUGUUGUCUACACAAUUUUCGGUUCAGGUGAAGAACAGUCAUGGAAUAAAGUACCGGAAGUUGAUGAAAAAUCGGAGGGCACACCGUUGAAAAACGAAGAAAUUGUUUGAAAUGGAUGCAAUCUAAACUUUUAAAUGUAAUGCUGUAAACAUCGCUUACAUUUAUAUAAUCUUUGAACGAUGAAAUAUUUAUUUCGCCAUGAAAAAUACACAAGUGAAUGCAUAACAGAUAACAAAUAUUAUAACAAAAAACAGCACGUUAUGGUUUGUUGUUGUUAUAUUAAUUUCACUGCGAUUCUUCUUUUUGAACGAUUUACUUAUUAAUUACGGUAAACAAGUACAUAGUUUAAUUGUACGGUAAAGUCCAAGAAAGUAAAGACAUACACACAAUUGAAAAACUAGAAGUAAUUGAUGUUUAAUUCCAUGAUUAUAAAAAAGUGAUGAAAAGUUAAUCUAUCCUUGGUCUCUCUAGUAGCAAUACUAAUAAUUGCACAAAAUUAUAAUUAGGAAAUGACUGAUAACAUCAUAAACCUGUAAAUUAUCGUAAAAUUUUAAUCAAAUAAAAGAUGGUCCAUUUCAUAGAACUAUAUAAACCAAUUUACAAGAAGCAUUUCACAUUAAAAAAAAAAAAAACAAAAUGGUAUUCUGUAAAACAUAA